AUGGUGGCCUUCAUGGCUUUACGCUAUGAGGAAAUAAUUCAAGGACUUGAAGAGAUUGCAGAUGAAGGAGAAAAGGUCUUCAAAGAAUAUGGGGAGCAACUUGCUUGGCCAACCCAAAUGAAAAACCUCUCAUCCUCUUCUCUUGUAAAGUCUGGCUCUGUAAGCUCACAAGCCCCACCAGAUCUGCUGCAGCAGCUGCUCCAGUACACCACACAGAGAAUGAGAAGUGUGAGUCAGGCUGUCGGUGGACUUGGAGACUCUGCUCUGGAAGAAGCAGUGGAGUACUUUACUUCUGUGUCAGACCUUCUAGAAGAGAAACUGAAAAUCAAGCGAGCCGCGGAGGUCAGAUUAAUGCAAGUGUUAACUCGUAUUGAAAUGGCCUCCCUGCGCAAGCCCGGGCCAGAAGAUUCUGCUCUGUUCAGUGAGGACAGUGGAAUUGGUGCAGAGAAUGAGUCCCUGGCUGGAUCUGAAAAACGCCAUAGACGAGGGAGCUGUGGGUCCACUGGAACAAAUCGAUCUACCGUUAGUUCUAUUGAGUAUUCUGUGAGCACCGUGAGGCAAAAAAGUCGUGGUCAAAUAAGCCCAAGUCUUUCCCUUGCCUCACUCAACUCAGUUGGUUCUGCAUGUACUAUAAUGCCCAAUGGUCAAAAGGAUUCAUUGCUAGGAUCAGUCUCCGUUGAUUAUGGGGAGGAUGAUGAAAAUGAUGAAGAGGUGGACAGAGGAGUGGAAGAUGUUAAAGUAGCAUUUAGAAUGCAGUCCAAUGCUUCCCCUGUCAGUGCUGAAAACCAUCCAAGCCGCUUACCCUCGAAGCGCAUAGAAAACCCCCAAAAUGUGGAGAUGACACUGAAAAUGAAAAAUGCUAUAAGUGGAAGGAUACAGUUUGUUUCAAAACCAAACACUACUGUCAAAGCAAAAGUGGCUACCAGCCCUAAAACAACAGGGCGUGAGUGGACAGAUGAGGUGCAAUCUCCAAAAAGACCGCAAACAGCAGCUCUUGUUCGGAGAGCUGUCGUGAAAAAGAUGACUACAACCAGAGGACAACGUUCUCGCUCAGCGGAAUCCCUUAGAAGCAAAGGAGAAGAUCCCACAUUGCUCGAAUUAGAGAGAACUCAGAAAAAUUUAAGCCAGAGGUUACAAAAGAUGAGUAAAACUAAGGUGGAAGGGAACUCAAAGAUUGGGCCAUGCAAACAAACUCAAGGAAACUCACCGGCUCAGUCUCCGGCAAUAAAUCGCAAGCUUCCCUCAGUUGGUAAGGACGGUGUUUCCCAGAAACGUAACCAAAAAGCAAGCCUUCCACACUGUCAAACAAAGAAAGAAACGUUAGCAAAGAAAGAAGAAGAACAAAAUAAAGAUGAGAAAACUCCUGGAGUCCUCUUUAAAGCCACCCCACCACCUAGCCCUCCAUCAUCACCACGGACAUCAGGCUUCCACAGAGGAAGAAACUCAGUCAAAAAACUGAUUGACACAUUCAGUCAAGGACUAGAAGAAAGUGAAGGUCCUAAAGUUCUUGGACCUCUACAGAAUGUACGGAGGUGUGGGGUUCCAGUGUUGCCAGGUUUAGGAAAUGUUGAAGCUGUACUCAGUUCAGGGUUAACAAGCUGUAGGCCUGAUCCUAUUACGUCAGUGAAAACUGAUGAUUUAGAUGUAAAUAAUCUUCCACCACCUCCACUGGAAGUAUUAAUGGAUAAUUCUUUUGAAAGUGUUCAGAGUGGAUCAGCAGCAGGAGAAAACUGUGCUUCAAAAGUAGGGAAGUCGCCUGUGUUAAAAAGGGCUUCAGUGUCACAAAGACUAAGAGCCUCAGUUCAGUCAGUGUCAGUGCUGCCAAGCAAGGGAGGCUUGCCACAAUCAUCCAAUGCAAUUUCUCUUGAUAAAGUGAAUCGGCAAGACUCUUCUGCCUCACUAAAGGUCAGUCAACCAGAAGAUCAGCGGUUGCAAACUAACUCCUUCCACCAGAAGGAAUCGAAGAUAAUACCUGUACAACAAUCUUCAGACAAAAGUGUGGAGAGAUUACCAACGCAUUCUGUAGCAACGUCCAACAGUCCAGAGGAAUUUUCAGACCCACAUCUUUGCAAGCUUUCCGAAUCUGGACCAAACACAGAAACAUCUGGAGUGCCUGCCUCUUCAGAAAGUACCAACCAACUCCUCACCCACCCACCUGGCUCCAAGGGAAGAAUAUUACCUUCCACUCCUUCUACACCAAGCGGUGUACAAAGAAGAUUUCAGAGCAACAGCGGCUUCAAAAAGCAACCGACACCACCCUCUUCAGCAAGCCCCACGUCUGACAGGACUUUUUCCACUCCACCCUCUACCCAGAGAAGGCUUCCCACCCCACCCACUACGAAACAAAAUCCCAUGAACUCUGUCUCAACCCCAUCAUACAGUUUCAAGGCCCCAUCUCCACCAGCCUCUCCAAGAGUGCAAAGACUGUCAAGGGAGAAUAGUAGUGAAGACUUGUCAAGUUUCCGGGCAUUCAGUAAUGCGCGUUCCGUGUUCUGUCCUGUGUCUCCGUCCCUUUUUGAGGCUCAACCUUGUUCAGUUCCCAGGCCACCUCAAGCGUGGGCUUCAACCAGAGUCUCUUUUCUGUCAAAUAACUGGGGUGGCCGGGGCAGGUUCCCUGUGUGUGUUCAAGGACCUCGACCCUUUGUCCGACGCACCCAGUCAGAUCGAAGACCAAGUCUGAGUGUGCCACCGCGACCAGAAGGCAAAUCUGCAGCUGAAACGUUUGGAAGUGAGCCGUCUAUAUGUUCAAAGGGGAAUCAACCUCGGACAGUGAAUUGUGGGGUAGCCAAUCAGACCUCAGAGCGACUCCUCGCUCUGCAUCACAUCCUGACCUGUGUAUCGUUGGACACGCCCUGCACAGGGACUGAAGAAGGCCAGUGGGAUUACAGAUUACGAGGCCUUACCGAGGAUUUAAGUUGGUACUGUUUACUCCUUAAGGAAGCGAACAUAAGACAAUUCCAUCCUCUCUGUUGUGGUAACACACAUUCACAAGGUUGAGGAGUAAUUUUCUAUUCAGAUUUUUUAACCUAAAUUUGAUAAAAGAAAUUGAUGUUUGCAUCUAAGCAUGGAUGCUGAGUCACAAAUUUGCUCGAGUUGAUGUUUACAAUAUGCAACAUGCACAUUCUAGUGAUAAUUCGUGUUGCUCAUCAGUGGAUUCCUAUGCAAAUCCAAACACACAGAUACAAAGAAACCUAAAAAACUCUUAAUAAAUCUUGAAACACUUCUUUCAGUGAAUUUUUCUUUUUCAUUUAGAUUUUUGGAAUGUUUUU